AUGUGGCGCUUGCUCUUGCUGAUCGCUAUAUGGGAUUCACCCUGGAUGACAGAACGGCCCCUUCGGACGGAACUCAUGGUGAACGCCGUGGAAGUACCUGAGAUAAGAACUGUCAACAAUCCUGUGGCGCCGGACCCAACCAUCAAAGAUGAAGCAGAUGAACCGUUUCAGGACCCAUGCGUGGGCUACCAAUGGAUGGCGAAAACGAGCAAUGAUGUGGACCUGGAACGGGCGCUUGACAAAAUCAUACAGAUAAGCUGUGAUGGUGAAGUACAGAAGGAGCAAUAUCGGACGCUGGACGUCUGUCUAAACGAGGAUCAAACUAGUGACGUAAAAGUUUGCGAGGCUGAAGCGGAUACAACUGAUUGCAAGCUUCUACGCAGCCGAUUCGCAUGCGUGGUAUGGACAGCAAACGACAGAUGUAAUGCCUCUGAAGUGCAGUAUCUUGCAUCGAAGCUUCAGAUAAAGCUCCUUGCGUCACGACUACCACCAGCUAUAAACGCUUGCGUUCAAGCGAUUUACUCACACCUGGCAGAACUAAAGCUCACGACAACUCCCGCUCCUUCCACAACACCAGUAAGCGCAACUGCUACUGCAACCAAAACGGGU